UAAAACUUGGACAUAUAAAAUAACAAAAAAGAAUGAUUUAUAUGAAACGAAUCUCUCCGUUUUAUUUGAGAAGGAGAGCGCAACGUUUGCUAAAAAUUUUCGUGCGUGGCAGAAUUUGAAAGUUAUUUUCGUGUCGAGUUUUCUCGUAGUUUCUACGAGAGAGUCAAGUGGCUCAUAUUGCGUUAUAUGUCGUUGUUUCAGAAAAGAAUCUCUUUAUUACAUUCCAUUUUAGAUUAUCUAACGAUUAUCUGUAGUUAUCUACCUUCUCGUAUUGACACAUCUCAUCCACGUGAUUUACUGAAAAUCAAUAGAUUUAAGUGUUUUGAUUUAAUUGUUUUGUGAACAACUGUUUUGUGAAAGAGUCAUGUAUUAGAACGUCGAUUGUGAAUGCGCACAGAGUAGUACGGAACCGUUAAUGAGAUUCGCCCCAGGAGAUAUGUAGGUUACAAGGAGAGGAACUCUCAGUCGAACGAUAAUGUUCACGUCCAGAAGAUUGCUCAAGAUUGCUGCUGUUGGAACAAUCGGGUUCGGCACCCUGGCAUCUCUCAGGGUGAACGAAUAUGACAUUGGUGCCAUUGGAAUCGUGCGAUUGAGCCGAGCCGCGCUUGCGGUGUUCAAGAUAGGCCGGCAUUACCAAAAGGAGUUGUACAGCAGUAAGCUGGACCACAAAUCAGUGGAAUACCUGCAGCUUAAAUCCAACGUUCAUAAGUAUGCAGCGCAGAAGCUGUUGGAACUCUGUUGCGCCAACAAGGGGGUCUACAUCAAGGUGGGUCAGCAUGUGGGUGCCAUGGAUUACUUGUUACCCCAGGAGUAUGUAUAUACUAUGCGAGUGCUGCACAGUAAGGCACCCCAGUCUUCGUUCAAUGAUGUACUCACUGUGAUCAGAGAGGACUUUAAGAAGAACCCAUAUGAGAUAUUCCAGAGCAUCGAUCCAGAACCCAUAGGCACUGCCAGUCUUGCACAGGUGCACAGGGCUGUGCUGAAAAACGGCGACAUGGUAGCAGUGAAGGUACAGCAUCGCUCUGUCAAGAGUAAUUCCUACGUCGAUAUUAAGACUAUGUCAGCUCUGGUGAGCAUCACGUCCCUGAUAUUUCCGGAUUUCAAAUUCGACUGGCUGGUUAAGGUGACAAAGAGGAACAUCCCGCAGGAAUUGGACUUUAUGCUCGAAGGUAAGAAUGCAGAGAAAGUGGGGAAGCUCUUUGCUGGCUAUCACUGGCUGAAAGUGCCGAAGAUACAUUGGGACGCAUCAUCGCCCCGCGUGCUCACGAUGGAAUUCUUGGACGGCGGACAGGUGAACGAUUUGGAAUAUAUACGGGCUCAUCAAUUAAAUCCAUACGAGAUCAGCAGCAAGCUCGGCCGUCUCUACAGUCACAUGAUUUUCAUUGAGGGUUUCGUCCAUUCGGAUCCACAUCCUGGUAAUAUUCUAGUACGCAAUCGCGACUCUGAGGCAGAGAUUAUAUUGCUGGACCAUGGUCUCUACGCUGAUCUCACUGAUCAAUUUCGCUGGGACUACUCGAAACUGUGGCUGGCGAUCCUCGAUGGCGAUCGGGAGGCCAUGAAAAAGUACUGCACGCGUCUCGGCGUCCCCGAUUACUACGGCCUACUUUCAUGCAUGGUAUCCGGUAGAACGUGGGACACUAUCGUGGCGGGCGUGCGUAAGACUCGAUACGACGCCCGUGAGAAGGCGGAAUUUCAACAGAAUAUCCCAAAUUUGCUACCACAGAUCAGUACCGUGCUGGACCGAGUUAACCAACAGAUGCUACUGGUCCUCAAGACCAACGACCUGAUGCGCGGUAUCGAAUAUUCGCUGCGCACUCAAACCAGGAUGUCAGCCAUGAUGGAGAUGUCCAAAUGCUGCGUGCGUUCCGUGUAUGGCGAGAAGAUCAGGCAAUGUUCAAACACGUGGAACAGAUACUGGGUGUCGAUCGCCGAACGUUGGGCGCUCCUCAAGCUGUCGUUUUAUUACAUGUAUUUAGGCCUAAUACAUUUCAAUCUGAAUAGCUCGGUCGAGUCUCUAUGGACGAAAGACUUUUAUCCGUUUUAACGAACUCCUGUUUAGAUUGAAUGUAUUUCUAGACAUAAAUUAUCACACUCUUUAGAAAAUGAUUUUUUUUUAAUCAGAAAAAUAGUGGAAAAAUUCUUUCUCAAAGUCUUAUAUAAUAUGUAUUUUUCACUAAUGAUAAACGAUAAGUAAUCUGAGAUUCUGUACAUAACUUGUAAAAUACGUACAUCUUGUUCGUUGCUUUAUAUAUCAGUCAUUUUUUACCUAUCGUCUACCUCUUAAAUAAUCAUUCGAAGAAAAUAUUUAUUUAUUUAAUGAAUAAAUAAAAUAAAUUCUCGAAAUCAAAUAUAAUUAAUUAUAUAAAUACGAUUUGAUUUUUUUUAAAUAAAUGUAUAUUUAUCGAGAAAGAUUUUCGCGCGUGAUUUUUAUUUUAUAUGUACACUAAUUACAGUAAAAACCAGAUUUU